AUGACUAACCUUUUUGAUAUUUCUGAAACUCCAAAAACAAUAGAAGCUACACUUAUAAAAAGAAUGGAUAACUUUGAGCAUCAACUUGGCACUGCAUCGAACAAACCAGAAAAUCUUGUGAAAAUUAUUAAAGAAUUUAAUGCUUUUCGCGACUAUGUUCAGGAGAUAUUCAAGUUAAUGCGACAACAAACUUACGAGUUGAGCCAGUUAGCCGAUUCAUUGGAAAUGAGACACCGAAAGAAAUACCACAUCCUUAGUGGAGUACCUGAAAAGGCUGAUGAGAAUACAGCUAGUAUUGUUACCACAAUACUAAAAAACAACCUUGGUCUCAACGACAUCACAGCCUCCUCCUUCAAGGUUGUACACUUACUGAUAUAUCCCUCGGCUAUAUUGUUUGGAGGAAAAAGGCUUCACUUAAGGGCACAUCCUCUUUCUGAAUUCAUAACUAAACAACGCAAAGCCGUAUAUAUGGAAGCACGCAAACUUUUCGGUAUGCGUAACGUUUGGAUACUGGAUGGAAAUAUCACAAUUAAUUUUCCAGAUGGAAACCGGUAUAAAGUAUUAAGGAAGAGCAGAUGCUCCAUAUGA